AUGACGCGGCGGAAGCGCACAGCGGUAUACGCGCUCGGUGCGCUAUGGACUGCAGUCGCUGUGGCAAUGCACGCGCGCGUCAGUGGCGCGUCAGUGCGUCGCCGCCUCUUGUCGUUCAACGAGACGCCUCGUGCGACGCUGGGCGUGGCGGGCCGGCGUGAAGUAGCAGCAGUCGGUCCCGACACGGGCCAUCGAGCGCGUGCUACUUUACUGGACUGCGACACGUUGCAAAGACGGGACAGGGGAGACGAGACGGUGGACCAAGAGCCAGAGACAAGCGACGAGCCUCGAGACCCAAAGAAGAAGAAGAAGCGAAAGUGGACGAAGAAGAAGAAGACGACGACGGCAAAAGUGGGUACACUACGCAGGGGCUGUGCUGUUGCUGCAUCGACAGCAGUGCAACGGACGCAAGUGGAAACAGCAGAGCACCGAGAAGUCGGCGCAGAGGCGGCAGUGGAUGGCGUCGAGCGCGAGAUGGGGGCGCAGACAGCGACGCCACUGCCAAUGGCAGACGGACCACACGUUCCAGUGGCAGUUCGAGCGCCGCCCGUGACGGUCUCUUUGACUGGGCCGAAAGAGGCUGUGCCGCCAGUAGUGCCACUUCAUGACGGAGACGUGGGGCCUUUGCACUUGGAGAGACGUGUGGCAACAGCAGGUACGACCGAGCCGCCGGUACAGAACGAUGUGGCAACGUCGGCAACACUCAGGCGCUCUGGCACACGAGAGAGGAGAGCUGGAGAGGGUACGGCAAACACUGCUACUGCUGCUGCUGCUACUGGAUUGGCUUUGGUUCCUGACCCAGUGGUCACGUCAUUACCAGAGGAGAGCAGCGUUGAGCAUCGACGGCCGAUUGCUCCGACAGCAGAGACAGGAGGCAGCAUUGUGUCACUUGGAGGGAACGCGUUAGCAGGUGCGACACCUGCGUUGCUUGAUGCGAGGAACACAACACUGACGAGAUCGGUACCGAGAGAGGGCAAAAGUGCUAGUCCAGGACAAGUCCACGCCAGCUCAAGUGCUGACCUGGAACUGAGUGAUUCGUCAAAGAUUGCAGACACUGGCAGCUUGGACACAUUGCCUUCUUGGGACCGCGACAGGGACAAAGUAGCGGAAGCGAGCAGUCGCAGGGAAGAGUACAGCAUAGCCAAUGGUGCGAGAAACUCCGAGAGCGCGUUGGUGAAAGAACCUGGCGACCACAAGGCUGGAAACAGCGACAAAGGAAGGGCCGAGAGCGAGAUGGAGAACGAUCCUGGCAGCCACAAUGGUGAAGACGGUGGCAGCAGCAGCAGUGACCGCGGCGCUGUUUUGGAUCCUGGUGGCGUGUCGGACGUCAAUACGAGUGCUGCGACGUUUUACAGCCUAGACACGGGCUCGAUCGUUGCUGUUGUCUGUGUCAUCGCGAGCAUAUUCGGACUCCUGGUGCUUUUCGCAGUGAUUGGGCGCAAGAACUACACCGACGAAGACGACGAGAGUCCGCUUCCGUAUGGCUACAACAUGGCAAUGCACUCGGUUCAUCGGCUCUCCCCGACGUUUCUGGAAGACGACUUGUCGAUGGAUGACGGCUACAGCGACACGACUCUCAUGGCGAGAGUCCCUUCGCAUCAGUUUGAUAGUGCAUCUUCGACCAGUGGCGAAAGCUCCGAUGAGGUCCCGUCACUCCGUGGGGAUAUGGUCGCAGCCAAUCAUCGCGAUGGUUUAGGUGACAAAAGCGUCCGGACUCGCGUCUUGUCCAGGCACAGUAUCAACGGAGACGUGCGGAUGUCUGCCCUGUACUCAACAGGGUCAUCCAUGACAAGCAGCAGUGGUAUCAGCGGUUCGUGGAGCUCUGUGCUGGCUUCCGAUAUGGAGUACUCGACGACCCGCGACACGCGAGACACUUCGCUAAGUGCGUGGUCGGCUGCCGACUCGUCUUUUGGUAGCACUGCUAGCGGUGCAUCGGGGACGCAUGGCAUGGGUGGAUCGUUUUCCGCUGAGACGCACCAUGCAGCUGGCAGAACUCGGAGCUGCUCUUCUUCACGUGUGGCCGAUUAUUCACUGAACCCGGAUCAAAUGGGUGCAAGACCGAGUGACUCGAGCAGUAUCGUCGACAGUGCAGACGUGUGA